CCCCUCCUUUGUGUGCUGGGGGCCAGGACACCUAUAUAAGGCCAUACUCGCCCACCCCUGGCUGAUUGCAGACGCUGUCUCUGCUCCUGCACGGUCAAGGGAGGCAGCAGCUGCUGAGAGGGAGUGACGCACGACGUUGGUGGCUGUUGGUGGCAGCGUUUGGUUGCCAUCCCUGCAGCCAUGAGCCGGGACAGUGCGGGACCGGGGACCGGGGCGCGCAGCCGCCCCUCGCCCUGCCGGGGCCCGGCGCAGAAGGAUGAGCACAAGCGGCAGCUGGAGAGGCUGCAGGCUGAGCUGGAGGCUGAGCGACUCCGCUCCCAAGAGCUGUGCCGCCACUUUGCCGCCAAAACUCGCAAGCUGAAGGAGGCCGCAGAGCGGGAUCGGCAGCUCCUGGCCGAACGGCUACACUCCAAAUGGGAGCAGCGGCAGGCACGGGAGCUCCAGCGGCUGCGGGAGCUGAACCAGCGGCAGCGGGAGGUGGAGAUCCGCCAGCUGCUGCGCUCGAAGGAGGCUGAGCUGCACGAGGUGCAGGGGGUGCUGCAGCAGCAGCGCGACGACGCCAUCCGUCAGGCACGGGACCUGCAGCAGCAGCUGGCCAAGGAGUUGGUGAGAGGCCCCUUGAGCAGCAGCGAGGCCCACAUUAAGCUCCAGGACGUCCUCAGCAAGCUGCGCUGGGAGACCAAUAGCGAGGAGGCUGCUCACAUCCUCCGCCUCCAAGACGAACUGCUGCUGCAGAGAAGACUCUUCCUAAAGUACAUCUUGGAGCGGUUCGAUGGCGAGCAGCCUGCUUCCUGCAAUGAGGCCAGGGCCAAGGCCACAGCCUGGCACCGCCUGCAGACCCUCCUGGGCACCGGGGCCAUCGGGCCCUGCUCUUUGGAGAGCCUCAUCGCAUCUUCCUCCCAUGAUGGAGAAGGGCAGCGGAAAACCCACCAGAGCUUAAAAGGCACUCGCCUCCAGAAGGAAGGGACCAGCAUGGAGUCUUUGCUUGAGGCUGUGGGGCAAGACUCGACGCCGCACUGCUCGGACUCCCCGCCGCAAGGAACGACCCGCAGCAGGCGGUCUGUGGCAGAGGUGGGUGUUCAGACGGUAGGGCAGCAGGAGGACUGGCUGCCUGGUAGCAGUCACAGCAGGCUGCAGGAGCAGAACGCCCACCUCCAGAGUGCCCUGAAGGACCUCGAGAGGCGAUGCAGUGUCCUUCAAGAGGAGAACUGUCUUCUGAGGAAGGCAAGCUCUCCUGAAGUGCGGGAGGAGCAGGAGAGGAUCAAGCAGAAGACUGCUAAGCUGGGUCUCAUUGCCAAGCAGCUGCAAGAAAGAGCCAGGCAGCUGGAGACCAGCCAUUGCCUGAUCAAUACUCAGGUGCCACUGCCCAUCCAAAGCUCCACUGAGGAACUGCGCGUGACAUCGUCUCCUCAGCAGAGGGCUGGAGAAAUGGGAGAGCCUGCCAGAGCUUCCCUGGCACAGGAUGAGCAGUCCAACCGUAUCGUUGCCAGGCUGUGCCAGGCUACCCUGGGAGUAAACAAGGAAUCCAUCCUCCUGGAGGCUAUGAGAAAACAACCGGCAGUGCUUCGAGCGUUCAUAGCUCAAUACAGCUAUGAUCCUUUCAAUGGUCUCAAUGAGCGCCCUGCACUAGAGCUCCCUCUAGUCGCUGGACAAUAUGUUUACAUCUUUGGAGACAUGGAUGAAGACGGUUGCUACGUGGGAGAGCUGACCGGCGGCACAAGAGGAUUUGUCCCCUCUAAUCUUGUUGAAGAAGUUUCAGAUGACCACCUGAUGACACCAGAGUCUCCAGAGACAAGUGACUGGUACCAGGACACAGAUGACGCCUGUCCUGUCUUCUUAUACCUUCUCACAAACUUCAAGCUGGACCAGCUGAGAAGUCUGUCUGUACUCACAGGAGUCACUCUGCGUGAUGGCCAUCACUCCCCUCUGUAA